AUGGCUUGGCCUUGCUGCGUCUAUUUGCUGGUGGCCACAGUUGCUGCUGUUCCGUCAGCCCGGCGAGAUCACGCAGGCGCUGCUUCCGACAAUGGCGACGUGCUGUGGUUUUUCGGUGGCAAGGCAUCGACAGAUUUGGGUAGAUCGCUGGUAGACGAAUUGUGGAGCUAUGACAUCGAUACUGGCAACUGGACUUUUCAAAGUCAAGGCACAGGGCCCCCUCCACGUGACGACCACGUGGCAGUGCAUGCUGCAGGAGUGGUUUGGAUCCACGGAGGCUGGGGAGGAGCAUCUGCAGGACGACUCAAUGACCUGUGGGCCUACAACGUUUCUGUUAAGCGCUGGAAUCUGAUAAGCAAUCUUGCAGGACCCUCGGCACGUUAUGGACACGUGGCGGUAUAUGCUUUUGGUAGCCUUUGGCUUCAUGGCGGAAACGGAAUGACGGAUUUGGGUACAUCACUGCUCGAUGAGCUGUGGAGCUACGACGUCGAAACCGGCAACUGGACUUUCCAAAGUAAAGGCGAGGGACCAUCUCCACGCGUGGACCAUGUCGCAGUAUAUGCUGAGGGAGUGAUUUGGGUCCAUGGUGGCUGGGGAGGAUCAGAUGCAGGACAGCUUAACGAUUUGUGGUCCUUUCAUAUUUCUGGUGGGCAGUGGAGCCUGAUGAACAGUUCUGAGGGACCUGCAAGUCGAUCUUACCACGGUGUUGCUUCUUCUGGAGGACUGAUCUGGAUUCACGGCGGCUGGGGUGGCAGCGAGGCUAUUUUCGACGAUGUCUGGUCCUACAAUCCUGAAUCUGGAAGUUGGGCUCUGAGAAGCAGCGGCGCCAGACCGCCUAAACGAAUAAGUCAUGCUGCUGUGUAUGCGGCCGGGAAACUAUGGAUUCAUGGAGGCUAUGACUGGGACGGCGACCAAUAUCUCAGUGACUUGUGGAGCUUGGACAUGAACACGGUGUCGUGGCAAGUGCCCGGGAAUGCGGUGUCGUUGCAAGAAGAGCACGGGCUUGUCAACGACUCACUCGAUCAGACAUUACACUUUCUACUCUUGCUACCAUCCGUGACCUUGAUGCUAGUCUGUUUCUGCGGUGGCCGUCUCUGCUGUCUGACUACAUCUAGGCGGUCGCGAUGGAGCUGUAAGCAGGUGGGCUGCAGAAUGGUUUGCCGAUCUUUCAUAUUUCUUCUUGCGGUCGACCGGCAGCAGGAAUUUGGGUCACGUCCAUUUUUUGAAAGAGUUGGUUCUUUGAUGCUGUACUCGGUUCUACUGGGGGUCUCGGUGCCAAGUGCACUGUCCUGGGGGAGGAUGCUGGCGGAGGGCACUGACUUCGCGGAAGUGGUACUGCAGUGGAUUGGAACUCACGUGCUUUUGGGCUUCUUGGUGAUGGUUUGCUUUGAUGUUGGUUGGCUUUCACGUGCCCUGAAUCGGCACGAGAGAUGGGAGCAGUUCUGCUCACUCUCUGAUCCCCUGUACCUGGCCGGCUCUCUUCUACAUGCAGACGUUCGACUGGUGCGGUUGGAGUAUCUGCAGGAGUUGGUAGAGGCAGGGCACGCGCUGCCUCGCAGGCAAGAAGCGGAGCAUGCCACUGUGAAGUCUACGGGUCAGACAGCUCUGGUUUCCCAUGCUGAAAUGCUAGCUUGGGCCGCGAAGAUGCGUCGAACCUUCAGUUUGCACAUGGCAAGCCCGAUCAUUGUCGUCAGCCACUGCUGGGAGACGCGAGAACAUCCUGAUCCUUGGGGCUACCAGCUGGAGACCAUCGUGAGAUCUUUGCAGAAGUUGCAGCGGGAAUGGUCCCACGAGAUCUUGGGUGUGUUCAUUGACUACACCUGCCUCUACCAGUUCAAGCGCAAGAGACGGCACGAGGAGGAGAGUUUCAGAGCGGCGAUGAAGAACAUGUCUUUGCUGUAUGCGCACGAGUGGACUCAGACACUAUGCGUAAUAGAUCAGACACCGGAGUCCCACAAAAACGGCAGUGCUGGCAGCAUCCCCGUUUAUUGUCCAGACGAGGAUGAAGUGCAGGACAGGCCAAUCACCAGCUUGGUGCCAAACACGACAGACUAUGAACUACGUGGUUGGUGUUUGGCAGAAUUGCAAUGGUCAAGUCUUCGAGCUUCAGAGUUAUAUCGGAACCCGCUCCAUCCCAGCAGCGCCUUGCCAAACCAACAUUUGUGGGCGCGCCGGUCCCCGAUGGCACCCUACAAGUUUCGCAGUGAAUUGGCGAAGAAGGAGAUCAAGUUCACGCAUAGGUCCGAUUUCGCGCCUCUGAUCGAAGCACAGCAGACGGCAUUCGACAACAAGGCGCGACAGUGUCACACGCUCGGGUUCUGGGAUCUGCCGGCCAACGAGGUGGAGAUUCUUGGAGAGGCUGUGUACUUCUUCCCGAACGUACACACGCUGAAGCUGGAGCGGUGUGCCGCCAAUGUGGAGGGAUUCAUUCGAAAUCUUUCGUUUAGCGGAUCCCUGAAGCAUGUAUACAUGCGCAACGCUGAGAUCGGAGACGCAGAAGCCAAGGUCAUCGCCGGAUUCCUUCCAAGUUCCAAGUGGAAGGCCAUUGGCUUGGCGGACAAUCGCAUCGGAGACGAAGGAGCCGCGGACCUAGCAGGUGCCUUGGAGUUGAUGAACACGCUGAGUAUGGAAGGUCUGCAGCAAACGAGGUUUGAGAGCUUCCUGAUGGACCUCACUGGGAACCGGAUCAGCGAGUCUGGGGUUGCUGGUUUGGAGGCUGCAAACUCGCAGCAGGUGGUGGGGCUGAAGAUCGGGGGACAGAGGGUCGGUCAUGCCGCUGGCAGUGAUGGUCAGGCGGCGGAUGUUUCCGAGACGAAAAGCGCUGGCCUCCGGGCCACCGCGGAUGUGUCCGUGGCAGUUGCGGAACCUCCUGGCUGCAUCGCUGAUCCGUCGCUGCUAUAG